AUGGAUACUAUCGAACACUUCAAACCUGUAGCUGCAUCACAAAACACAGAGAAGUGUCACACGAUAUUCCAAUCGGGACCGGCAAGCAUUGUGAACUCACCAGUAAGAAAAAUUACAGAAGUAAACAAGUCUGCAUGUACCACAAAUUCUUUAGAAAGUUUUAGUGAGGCAUCGAAUUCACGAUUACAGCAACGUGUAACAGUAUUUUUACCAUAUAUUGAUUACUUUAUAUCACAACUUACUGAGCGUUUUAUAAAUCAUAAAAGUAUUUUUGAAGGGUUCGAUUGCAUUUUUAAAACCCAGCCAUUGCCACUAGAGAUAAAUGACCGAGAACAAUUUAAUAAGCUUGUGAACAUAUAUUCACCCAUUGUAGAUAAAUUCAAUAGCAUAGCCGAAUUCAAUAUGUGGAAAACAAAACUAUUUACAGAUAAUAUCAUUCUUAGUUCAGGAUUACAGGCAUUAGAAAUUUGUGAUAAAGAAUUUUAUCCCAACAUUUACAUGUUGAUAAAAAUAUUUUGUACGCUUCCAGUGUCAACAACAACUCCUGAACGAUCAUUCUCUAAUUUAAAAAGAAUUAAAACUUAUCUCAGGAAUAGUAUGAAUGAAACUAGACUGAAUGGAUUGGCUCUAUUAGCAUGCCAUACAGAAACAAAGAUUACACCAGAUGAAGUCAUUGAUGAAUUGUCUCUGAAAAAUAGAAGACUGGAGUUUGUUUUGUAAAAUCACUGCAAAUAAAUGGCUAUAUGUGCCUAUGUGUUAUAUAUACCUAUGUAGAUAAUAGAUAUCAAUUAUCAAUAUAAUUAUAUGAUAUUUUACAU